AUGGCAUACUUUAUAUUACUUUUCCUCCCUUGUGUUUCCAGUGUACGCACGCUCAUAUUCGUCCCUUCGUAUGGAAGAGUCAUCUCCAAAGAGCCGUACACGGAGAGCAGGAAAGUUCUUACUACAGAGGACAAAGAAUGUAAAUUCCCAUUUCGUCAGGGGGGAAGGAUUCAUCAUCACUGCCUCACCAGCCGAUCCUCAAAACAAUGGUGCUCCCUCACUCAUAAUUUUGAUCGUGACCGGCAGUGGGGCUACUGUGCACCAGAGAAAACUCAGCUAGGCGUUAUUGACCCCACGUCACUCCCACCCACAGAUCCAUGUCAGGUGAAUCCUUGUCAGAAUGGAGGCGUCUGCACGCCGAUCCCACACAGACGUUUGUUUGAGUGCUCCUGUCCUGAAAACGUCACUGGAAGCGUCUGUGAGCAGAAGAAGUGCUAUGAAACCGUACACCUGCACUAUUAUGACAUCGGAGAGUCUUGGGGACGAAUUCACCUCCGUAAUGUGGAACAGUGCACAUGUGUGGCAGGGGAAAUCAAGUGUGAAAGGGUUCGCUACACAAUGUGCCGCUCAAACCCUUGUCAGAAUGACGGAACGUGUCGACUGAUCACAGCCACCGGCAAAGAAGUGUGUAACUGCAGAUGGGCCUACAGCGGUCCGUACUGUAACUUCGAGCCCGAGGCAGAGUGCUAUAACAACAAGGGCACAUAUUACAGAGGGGUGGUGGGCACCCCGGUGUCCGGCGCCAGGUGUGUGGCCUGGAACUCAGACCUGCUGUAUGACGAGUUCCAUGUGGGCACGGUGGGCGCCUCCCUCCUCAGGGGCCUGGGGGAGCAUGCCUACUGCAGAAACCCAGAUAAGGACAAGAUGCCGUGGUGCUACACGCUAAAUGACGGCGCCAUCUCCUGGGAGUACUGCAACGUCCCCUCCUGUGUGAUGUCUGUGUCUUCACGAAGGAUUAUGCCGUUUGCUGUCCUGCCAACCACUAAAAAACCCAACCCCUCAAAGCCCACCAAAAAGCAUGUGUGUGGCAAAAAGCACAAGAAGAGGUUAUCAAUACCCAGGGGCCGGAUAUUGGGCGGAAACUCUGCUCUGCCAGGUACUCACCCCUGGAUGGCAGCCAUUUACAUCGGACAGUCAGACUUCUGCGCCGGCACCCUGGUCUCCUCUUGCUGGAUCGUCUCUGCAGCUCACUGCUUCUUCCGCAACCCCCUGAGGUCUCAGCUUCGAGUGGUGCUCGGCCAGCAGAAUAUCAACGUCACUGGUCCCAACACCAGGACAUUUGGAGUGGAGCAGUAUGUCUUUCCGAAACAGUUCUCAGUGUUUAAUCCAACACUACAUGACAUUGUCCUGAUCAAACUGGCGAAGCAGGACGGGCGGUGUGUGAGGAGAACCCCGUUCAUCAGGCCCAUCUGUCUCCCAGACAAAAGCACCACGUUCCCUGAUGAGUACUGCUGUACUAUUAGCGGCUGGGGACACAUGUAUGAGAAGGCGGAGGGUUACUCUAGUCUGCAGGAGGCCAUAGUCAGGCUGAUUCCUCAUGAAGCUUGUCGGAGACAAGAUGUUUACGGCAACCAUGUCACCGCUGACAUGAUGUGUGCAGGGCUCAACAACUGUGUCGACGCCUGCCAGGGUGACUCCGGAGGCCCUCUGGCUUGUGCGAGGAAUGAUGUCAGCUUCCUGUAUGGGAUCAUCAGCUGGGGAGACGGCUGCGGCCGCUCUAAUAAACCUGGCGUUUACACUAAAGUGGUGAACUAUAUCGAUUGGAUCAAUUCAGUGAUCAGACGCAAACCCAAGGCUUCGUGAAUGAACAUU